CAGAACGAACCAUCAUACCAGGUUGUGGGGAUGGUUUGGACUUGUACCUGAGCGCCGUUGAAUGAAGCGGCUUUUUGGAUUGGACCGGUAUCGAGGGUAUAGGUAGAUAGAUUCUAGGAAGUAGGCCGGGGAAAUUAUUGGUGAAUGUAGUAGUAGUAGAGGGAGUCAUCACAGGAUGGAGGUUCUCGCAUACUCACACAAACAGACACCUGUAUGAAGCUCGAGGGGGGAUUUAAACAUGAUGAUGGCCAACUGGGAACCGAAGGUGGCAGUCGUCCAACCAUCCAUCCAGGCCGAGAGCAGCAUUUUGGCUGGCCGAAUGGUGCCAUUUGGCCGCCUCACCUUCCUGCCUUCUUUCGCUCGUUCGUUCGUUCUUUAGUGUCUCGUAGAUCCGAUGAGAGAUUCUGAUCAAGUAAUCACUCGGUGGAAGUGCAGAAGUGCUAUUGCCAAAUGGGUGCCAUUCGAGAUCUCCGGGCCCAUAAAUUCGUGGCUGUAAGCUUGAACAUCAUCGGACCCAUUCUCAAUUGUGACGUGCUAGAUUCCAUGUGUUGGUGACUUUGAAUUCGAUGCAGCCGAGUGCCAAGGUACAACGAGAAAGACUAGCAAUUGGCCCCAUGUGGAAUUGUAAUUAGACACAUGCAUCCCAUUUUCGGAAGCACAUCUCUUUUUGCUGGCUAGCUCACCUUGCUCAAACUCCGCCUCCCUCCCCUUACUUGUUCCGUUCCUCGGCUUUUUUUGUUGCUGCCUGUCGGUUUCCAACUUCCACUAACUUGCAUCAACUUCCAACUGUGCGACAGCUCAGGCAUAUCAACAUUGCCAUCAUUCGCCUCCCGAAUGGCAUGAGGCGAAUCAGCCUUUUUGAUAUCCACUUCGUCUUCUACGUACAAUGCAUGCAUACAUACGAUGUCGUCUGUAAACUGGCAGGCGAAAAUAAGUUGUUGAUGUGCUCCUUGGUUUCGGAAAUUCAACAUCGCCACUUCCUGAGGCAACGCCUAGUUCAUCUGAGAAGACCUCAAACCUGAGCAGUCUAUUUGGCUCCAUUCAAAAGUGCAAACCCUAGGCCCUUCACUCAUUUGCUCAAAGUUCAUGGCUUCUCACGAAUGGUGGGUGCAUUGAACAUUUGUGCGAAUUCGGUGUCAAGGCCUCUUCAUCAUCCAGUGUGACCUAUUCAAUGAGUUGCUGUCAUUCGUGAAGACCAAGGCAACUUCAACUUCGUCGCUGUUAGUGUACUUCCUUCCGACCGUCAAUUCAAGGAGAGGCCGAGGUCUUCUUCCAGGGGAACAGCCCUGGUAUUUACUUUCUCAAACAGGUCGACCGACUCUCGCCCCGUUGUUCCUGUUGUUCCUGUUGUUCCUGUCUUGCGGCGAGAUUCAAUCGAUAGCGUCUUGACAACGGAUAUUAGUCAUAACAUUGAGGCAAGAGGCCAACUGAGUCAUUGUCGGAGAGUUUCGACAUUAGCUCUGAAAAGAGAUUGGAAUCCGCCACAAUGACGGCGCAUCAGCUCCAAGCAGUGUUCCAAGAGUUGGACUACCUGGAUGACGGCUACCAAGAUGGGUUCGUCUCUCAUGUGGGCUUAAGGCGAAUCAUCCUCGAGACUCCGGAAUUGGAAGCUGAGAUCGGACCCACACUCACCCGAGCAUUGCUAGUCCGGGCAGAGCAGAACCUGUACGGCAGACUAACCUUUGAGGAGUUCGUGUUUCUGGCUCGAGAAGUGGACCAUUACACCCAAGGGCGUCACCACCCGAAACGUGUGGCACCCAUGGCGCCUCGCAAUCAAGUUCACAAUGCCGCAUGUAAAAUCGCCAUCCCCAUCUCGGAACGAGACGAGCGGAUCUCCUACCUGGACGAAUAUUCGUGCCGACCCCCACCCUUGUUCCUACCCUUGGUCAGCAUAGCUCAAAUUGGCGUGUUCGUGUGGCAUGUUGUCUCCUUGACCAACCGAGGCGAGAAUGUGGGCCCCAAUGGCCCACCUUACAUUGGCGACCUGAUCUUCAAUCCCAACCUCAAGUUCGAAGUGUGGCGCUUUGCCUCCUACAUGUUAGUCCACUCCGGCUACUUCCACAUCAUCUUCAAUGUGCUCAUCCAGCUGCUCCUCGGGAUUCCCCUGGAGAUGGUGCAUCGAUGGUGGAGGAUCAUGCUAAUUUACAUCUGUGGGGUCGUGGCCGGCUCGUUGGCCUCCAGUAUCACCGAUCCCAACGUGUACCUGGCGGGUGCCUCCGGAGGAGUGUAUGCUCUCAUCACGGCUCACCUGGCCAACGUGGUAUUCAAUUGGAAAGAAAUGGAGUUUCCCUUCCUCCGAUUGGUGGCCUUUCUCCUGUUGACGGGCGUUGACACGGGUGUGGCUGUGUACUACCGAUACUUCAAGAGGGUGGAUACAAAAGUGAGCUACGUGGCCCACAUAGCCGGGGCCUUGGUGGGGCUGCUGUUGGGAAUCGUUGUGUUGCGGAACCUUCGCGUACAUUCUUGGGAGCGAGUCAUUUGGUGGUUCUCCCUCCUCCUAUUCCUGGGCUUGUUUCUCUCAGCCAUUGUGUGGAACGCAGUAUUGAUAGGCCUAGCGGUUUAAAAAGGCCUAUUUUCUAUAUUUUUGUACCAUAGUCUGAUUGAAUAAACAGAUUAACUUUGA